UAACAAAUAAUCAGUUUCUGACCUAGAAGUUCCCCAUUCAUCCAUAGCAACCGAAGAAAGAUCCGAAGAACGAAAACCACCCACUCUCUCUCUCUCUCUCUCUCUCUCUCAAUGCUUUCACUCUUUUCUUUCUUUUUUUGCACUUUUCUUCAGCUUUCCUCUUCUACUACUCUAUUAUCCAAACAAAGUACAAACUGCAAACACAAGAAGAGAAGUUAGGGUUUUUUUGUGGCUGUUCAUGCACAAGUCUUCCAAUGUGAGUUUGGAUUAUCCCAGAAAAAUAUGGUUGGUUCGGAUUUAAGCAGUAUGGUUGGUUCGGAUUUGUUCGGUGGAAUUGACAACUGUGAAAUUGACGUUUCAAAUUAUGAGAGUUUUGGGAAAAUUUUGAGUUGUAUCGAUUUUCCCUUGGAAAAUUUUGAUAUCAAUGGAGGGGAUUUGGAUGAUGCUAUGUCCCAACACCAACAUCCAUACCAAGAAGAAGGGUCCAUUCAUUCUGAUGCAAUGCAGAAGGGUUUGCUCUUCGUUCCCGGUGGUGCCGAGGGCAGCUUAGACAUUGGCAAUGGCACUUUGGAUUUUCUGCCCAAUUCAUUGUUUCAGAGUGAUGAAACUUCUAAGCCCAAACAACUGCCAAGGUUUGUUGAAGAAACCUCCGGAGCAAGCAUUACACUUCUUAACGAUUCUUCUGAUGGCUUAGAUUCAGGAAUGUUCCAAACACCUAGCCCAGUUUCUGUCCUGGAAAACAGCGGCUCUUGCUCUGUUGAAAAGAGCAAACCUGAUGGCUCAGAAGCUUCCAUCCCAGUGCGUCGCAGCAAGCGUUCGCGAGCUUUUUCCUUCAAAAUUCAGCCUGAGAUGUCAAAUUUUGUCAAAGGAAAAGCGAAGAAGAAAAAGAGACUGUCACAGCUAUUUGGUGCCCCACGAAUGAAGAAAAAUUCAUGCACACAUUGUGAGGUAACAAAGACCCCGCAAUGGAGGUGGGGACCAAUGGGACCAAGGACUCUUUGCAAUGCAUGUGGGGUGCGAUACAAGUCUGGCCGUCUCUUCCCGGAGUAUCGUCCGGCGUCAAGUCCUACAUUUGAUCAUUCACUGCACUCGAACUCCCACAGGAAGGUUAUAGAGAUGAGAAAGUAUGUGACUAGCCACCAGGAGACAACAAUGGCUGAGACAGACUCUGCAAUGUCGCCACCGCCUGAAUUUGUUCCGAUGAGUGACUACUUGUUUGAUUGAAUAUUAGGAGGGAGUGCGCAAAAUUCCUAGUUAAAUGCUUUUUUUUAUGUAGUAUUUUAGUUUGGUGGAUGGGGGUUUUAGUAUGUUAUAUACCAAGAUGAAAUGAGAGGUAGUAUGUUAGUAUGGGAAGCUUAGUGUGUUUGUGAUGGACGCAAUUUUUAUUCGUAGCAGGAAAAGCAAAUGGGGAUAGAAUUUGAAUUAUUAGUAGAAAAUGGACACUAUUUAGUUGUUAAAGUUGGUUUCAGAUGUUAGACCUUUUGCAUAUUGAAUUUACUUAUUUUCCUUUUUCCUUUCUCGAAAUUCA